AGGGGAGGAGGCCGUGCUGGGACAGCGCGGGAGUGACUGCGGCCGUUGCCCUUGUCUGGGGCGGAUCCUACGAGCGCGGGAGAAGGCGGGAGGAGAAGGGAAAGCACAUCCUUCAGUGAUGGACAAGAUUUGCACAGACCCAAAUAUGGAAAAUGAUAACACGGAGCACAUCAGAGGGAAGCGACUGUCCUCCAUUUUAAAGGCUCCACGAAAUCCCCUGGAUGAUCUGGGAAGUGGGAAUGAACUGACCCAGGAUAUUAAUAUAGAGAAACGAAGGAAGAGCUCACGCCGUGUCAGCUUUGCCAACACCAUCAACUGCAGAGUCUUCCACAGAGAUCUUAAGAACAGCACAUCAGAGAGAAAAAAUACAGAGCAUGAAGCAGAUAAGGAUGGUGUCUCUACUAAUCAGGAUGAGGAAACUGAAACUGUUUCGUGUGAGAUCACUGGGAUGAACACUUUGCUUCACGCCCCCAUCCAGGCUUUGGUGCAGCAAACUGAGUGGCAUGAUGUGGACCAGGCUGUUCUGAGGGCGAGCAGGCAGGACACCACCCUGCUGUUCCUGGAGGAGAACACGAUGGAGGUGACAGCCAGUCACACGGCUGUGAUCUCCCGGAACCUCAGGGCCCAGCAGGCCGACGGAACCGAGAAAAUAGACGUCACCUCCUUCCUGAACUCCAGCCAUGGCAGGGCAGAAGCCAGCCAGGAAUUCGGUUUGCUCCCCGACCCCGCCAACCACCCGUGCGUGUCCCUGGAAGAGAAGGAAGAGGCUCCUGCUGUAAGAAAAAUAGAUUUCAACAAAUUUCUGCUGAGCCUGAAGUCAAAUGAGAAGGCGCCGAAUCCUGCUGAGGGGCCUGACAAGGAGAACGUUUUCUUUGCCCCUUGCCAAGGCUUGGAAAACGUGGCGCUGUCAUCCGAGGAAUUUGUCUAUUCCCGCGAGCCGCUGCACACCUGCAAUGUAACGCAGGUCUUUCGAGGGCAAGAAGGUGGGAUGGCAAUGACAAAAUGUGAGGGACCUGGUGUUGGUGAGGCCCCACCGGAGCAACUGGAGUGUGGGGAUGUCACCCAGGCCUUUGUGGACAAUGGGAUGGACAUGACAAGCAGUCACACUGCAAAAGUGUCCUUUCCCUGCUCCGGUGCUGGGAAUCAAAGUCUCCACUUCCAAAAGGGUUCCUCAUCCACAGAGUUAGAUAAUUCUGUGUUGAAGAGAGCAUCUAAUCAGAACCUGAUUCAGCAGGACCCUCAGCUCUGUGCAGACAGGAAAGCAGCAAAUGCUGAAGACAGAGGAGCCCCUGCAGUGCUGAGAGGGGUGAGACAGGAGGCCAGGGCAGUGUCUGCCAUCCGGGGAGCCGUGUCCUCUGAGACCGUCUUCCGAGGGGACAAAACUGUUGUGUUUUCUAAAUGUGAGGACAUGGAAAUGACUGGGAAUUACACAGACAUCAUCUACAACGACAGCACCAUGGGAACAGACACUUUAUGUCAUAAAACUUGCGAAAAGCCAGGGAGUACAAACCCUGUGCUAGCAGGGAGCAGACACCCAGCACGUGGGAAUGGGGACAUCCCACAGGGUGUAGCAGCUGGAGAUUAUGGAGCUGCUGUGUCCUAUAAAACCAGAGCACUUGAACUGCCUUCAGCCUCAGAUGGACAUAUGGAAAACAUGUCCCAGGCUCAUGGUCCUGCUGCAGCGAAUGCUGGGUUUGGCUCAUGUACAGAUUUGGGUGCUCCAAAGAGCAGGUUCCAUCCCUCAGCACAGCCUCAGCUGGUUCCUUCAGGUGAGAAGACAGUAAUAUUCCCAGGACAAGACAUGGACUUGACUAAAGCCUGUGUUAAGGAAGACAGAAAGAGUGUUGAUAAUGAACUUCCCACUGCAGUGUUCACCUCUGUCCCCUGCAAACCUCAUUUUCUGGAUAACAGAUCCACAGUUUCCAAUGGAGCUGAGCAGGAAGAAAUGGAAACAAUGAAAUGCCACGCUGUUGUCACUAGUGAUCAAAGCAGUGGGACAACUGCAGAAACCAAACAAAUGCUCUGUAAAAUCAUUACAAGAAAGAACCAGAACAAAAAUGUCAUUGAGGGUGCAUAUUCCACAGAUAUGGACAAGGAAAAUAUUGAGGUGAUGAGUAUCAAUGGGAAUAUUAAAAGGAGCCAGGCUAUUGAAAUGAAUACUAAAAAUCUUCAGAUGAUUGGAAAAAACAACUUCCAGGCAAGUGAUCUGAGUUCCUGUGCCAAAAGCACAUUUUUGUUCCAACAGCAAAACAGAGGAGGCCCUGGGAAUGUCGCCACUGACACUGGAGCAUCCCUGUCUUUGCGAAGCCAAGUUGUUGUAUCACAGCCUUUGGAAAAACACCUUCCAAACCCUUCAGUUUCCUGCACAAGCGACAGAACAGUCGUGUUUUCAGGUGAUCAAAGCAUAGACAUAACGAAAGCUUAUCCUGCUGCCCUUGAUGUUGCUCCUAUUAACACAGGACAAGAAUCCAAUAAUAAUAAUAAUAAUCAAAAUAACACGGUAUCCAAGCAGCUGCAAAACCAGCCCUUCCCAUUUUCCAGUCAUCUCGGUGUGGAUAUCACCAGUCAAACUGCAGCAAUGGAACGUGGGGACUUGAACACGAAGAAGAAAAUUGUUACUCCUUUGACUCCAAGUGGUUCGUUUAUUUUCAGUAACAAGCCUGCUCCCUCUGGAACGAGAGGAAAUGAGCAACCUGGAACAGCCUUGGGAAUAAAUGCAGGUUGCCAAAACUCAGGGAGGCAAGAAAAAACCCACCCUCUGAGGGCAGUAAACCAAGUGCUGCCAACUCAAGCAGAUCCUGAGAGACAUUUUCCGAUGGGUGAAACACAAGCUUCAGUAGAGGAUUUAAAACCUCCUCCCUCAGCUGAUGGGCUGCAAGCUGGGACAUCCCAACUGCAGAGGGGAAGUUCCCAGUUGCCUUUGUUUGGAGGAAAGUCAGUUGUGUUUCCCUCAGGUGAAAGCAUGAACUUGACUGGAAGCUGUGUGGUGAUGGUUCCAGAUUACACCAUCAGCGUUCUAUCACAACCAAAAGCAGCGCCUGGAGACCCUCAUCAAGGUGGAAAUGAAAUCGAGCCCUUAAAAAAGUGGCCCACAAUGACAGCGAAUAGUCAGGAGCAGCCUGUGGGACAGGAGAACUCCUCGGUGCGUGGCAGGAAAACGUUGCCCAUGAGUAGUUUAAAGCAUUUUGCUGAUGAGAAACCAACCCUGUUUUCAGAAGAUGCCGACAUGGACAUCGCCAGGAAUCACACGGUGUCAGCAGACAACAGAGUCGUUUUCCAGAGGAAGACUUCAGACGAUGCCACAGCCUUGAUUUCUGGAGUUCAAACUUGUGUUUUCCCCUCUGACAUGGAAAUAACUAAACUCGAUCCCUCUGCAGUCAGUAAAUCCGUGGGGAAAGCUGCAUCUCAAGGGGUGCUCAGCACAGCUAAAAGGACUGGAAGGAAAAGCUUGAAGGGAAUACCAGGGGAGAAGACUGUUUUGUUUUCCCUGAGCAAUGAGGACAAUGACAUGGAGAUGACCCAGAGCCACACGGCUGCCAUAGGCCACGAGAGUGCGCAGGAUGAGGGAGAGCUCCAUUCCCUCUCUUCAGCUCAUCCUGUGAGGAGUGUGAUGUUCACAGGGAGCCAGGCUGAUGUGGGCAUUUCCAAGUCUUUCUCUGCUGAUAAAACCACAGGAAUAGUUGUAUGUGGUGUUCAGCCAAACUCUGGUGAGGAGGCUGGACUUCCCAACAGCCAAGUUACGAUGUUUCCUGAGGAUGAUGUGGAAAUGACCAAACCCUCCCACGGAGCUUUGACAGAGAAACCCCUGCAGGGCUGGCAGCCUGUUCCCUCCACCUCCACAGUCCUGUUCUCCAGUUACCAGGGUGCCAUGGAAAUGACUGGAUCUCACUCCAUUCAUCCAGGUAUUGGAGAUUUGUGUGAGGACAGAUGGAUCCUGGCGGAGCAGGGUGGGCAGGAGGCUGCUGCAGGGGGCACAACAGUCAGAUUUGCUUUGGCUGAGGAUGUGGAGAUCACCAAAACUCACACAGCACGGGACCCACAGCCCAUUCCAGCCAUUCCUGCUGAUAAAACCGUUGUGUUUGCCCUCCACCAGGAUAACAUGGAAAUCACCGCAUCCCAUACUGUUGCUGUUAACGACAAUAUUGAUGGAUAUGAGGCCCACGCGAGCACUCAGCACUUUCCGCAGCACACACACGCUGUGUUGGGGUCCUCCAGGGGUGACGUGGAUUCCUCACAUACAAGAGACCUGAACUCUGAAUAUCCCACAAAACCUAAGGAUCAGCCCAGCAUUCCCUCUUCUGCUUCAUCAACCUCUGUGUUUCCUAAUGAGAAAGGAGCCACCAAGGCCCCCAGUGGCACAACACCAGAUUCCAUUUAUUCUGUCUCACUUCCAGAAAAGACUAUGGAUUUCCAGGCACCACGGGAUUGUGACCUUCCCAUGGGGAAUUCUGUCCCUUUAAGCAGGCACCAGGAUCUCACACAGCCAGAAAACCUGCAGUCAAAGGGAGCAUCUUUGGAGCUCCUAGGUAAUGGUCCUGUGGAUUGCAGAGAAGGAAGUGGCAAUUUGGAAUCCCAUGUUGCCUUUCCCAUCCAGGGAUCAGAUCCUUUGAAGGGUUCCCCAGAUUCUUCUGGUACUUGGAGAAGCCAAGUAGUGAAAGAGGAUUUGUCUCAACGUGGAGAUUCAGCUCCAGAUUUGGGCUUGGCUGGAGCAAGCCUCGUUCCAGCUGCUAAUGAGGAAUCCAAGGAAAAUGAGGAGCUGUCAGCUGAAGGGGAGACGCCUCCACAAGACUUUCAAAUCAACUCUGAACAAACCGAGCAACCUUUGGUCAGUGACAAUCUUUCACUGGAAUUAAUGGGUGUUUUAAAUGUUUGUUCAAAACUGAAGGAUCUGAGAAGGAAAUCUGCAGCUUUCUCCAUUUCCCAAACUGCUUUUCCUGACCAGUUGCCCAAAUCCUCAGCUCAGCCAGAGGAUACCUUGAGGUUGGGAAAAACCACUGUCAGUGAAGCAAAUAACUCCUCUGAUAGCAAAGAGCAGGAGAACACAGGUCUGGAAUCUGGAGCUGCUUCCAUAGGCAUGGCACCUCAGGAUAAAUAUCCAGGAAUAAAUAUCCCUCUGGGUAUUUUCCAGCCUAAAUUGCCAAACAGGAGAAAUUCUUCUGUUUCCACUGUACAAGACAUAAACGUGAAAUCAGACAGAGCAGAAGCCCCAGUUCCAGUAAAUGCUGGGGAAACCCCAAGUAACAAAUCCACCAGGCAGAACUUCAGCCCCUCUCACUUCAUAGCAGAAGAAUUUCUCCCUGUGUGCCUGGAAGAAAUGGAUUCCAAUGAAUCUGUCAGCUCUGAACUCGUGGAAAAGGUUUGUGAAGACAUAAGCAAAAAACAAAUCUGCUACCAGGAAGAGGAUGUGUUUGAAGAGACAAAAACUCACAACGCCAAAAGAUCUUUGGAACAAGAUAAAGAGGAUCUUCAAAGCCCAAAGAAGGUCAAGAGGGAUGAAAACAUGGAUGUUGAGGCACAGGACUUGCAGGUUACUUUUGCUGCUGUGCCUCAGAACCAAGUAGAAGUUGAUGAAGGUGGAGAACCUCCAAAUCUCUCAGCUAAAAUCCCUGACUGUCCUCAAAGCAGUGCCAGCAGCUCCCUGGAUUCUGUUAGGGCUGACACAGAAUUAACAAUCCAGCCCAGCAGUCACGUGGAGUCCCAGCUUCUCACAGACAGCAUUUGUGAAGACAAUUUAUGGGAGAAAUUUCAGAGCGGUGCUGUCACAGUUGGGGAGUUUUUUACCCUUCUCCAAGUCCAUGUUCUGGUUCAGAAGCCCCGGCAGAGCCACCUGCCAGCCAAUUGUGCAGUGAGUGCACCUCCUACCCCAGAGGAUCUCAUCUACAGCCAAUAUGUUCACCGACCCAAGCUGCGGAUUUACGAGGAGGAUUGCCAGGCCCUGUCUCAGAAAAUAGAUGAGUUAAAAACAUAUGCAAAUGUCCAGGAUCAGCUCCUGGUGAAUGUGAACAGGAGUUUGUGGGAAGUAAUGAGAACCUGCUCUGAUGAAGAGCUGAAGAACUUUGGAGCUGAACUGAACAAAAUGAAAUCCUAUUUCACCAAGGAGAGUAAAAUCUUGGCUCACAACGAGAAGGAGACAUUGUACAGCAAACUGGUGCAGAGUGCCCAGGAACAACAUGGAAAGCUCCAGGCAAGAAUAGAAAAGGUGGAUGAGCUGCUGAAGGAGGCAGAGAGCGGCCUGGUUGCUCUGGAAUCAGAUUCUUUCUGGGAUGAAGGGGAUGAAGUGGAAGGAGGGCAAAGCCUACAGAAAGAACUGGAAAGCCUCAGAGCCCAAGAAGAGGAACUUCAGAGAGAACUGUCAGAGUUGGAGACUGAGGAUGAGCAGAUGCUGGUUCAGAUGGAUGAGCUCAAGAAGGCUGAAAAGAGCUGUCGGGAAAUCCUGGAGAAAUAUGACUUCACUGAGUGGGAGAUUGCAGAAUGGAGUGAGCAGCAGGCAGUCUUUAAUUUUCUUUAUGAUUCUGUGGAGCUGACAGUUGUGUUUGGACCCCCAAUAGACGGUGAUGAUUUUGGUGUAGAUCCUUCCAGAACCAUCGUUAGCCUGAACUUCGAGUCUUUCCUGGAUGUGGAACAAGCUCCACCCUCCUCGUGUUUAGUCCAAAGGCUCAUCUUUCAGUUUAUUGAAAGUCAAGGAAACUGGCAGGAAAAGUGUCCCACGCUGUACUACUUGCCCCAGGUUCUCCAUGACAUCUCCUUGGUGGUGAAUCGUUGCAAAAUCUUGGGAGAAGAGAUGGAAUUUCUGGAGAGAUGGGGUGGAAAAUUCAAUCUCCUGAAGACAGAUAUCAAAGACACAGAGGUGAAGCUUUUGUUCUCCGCUUCCGCAGCUUUUGCCAAGUUUGAGUUGACUCUGUCUCUCUCUCCUGACUAUCCAUCUGCUCCACUUCCCUUCAGUGUCCAAACCCACGUCGGGAAUAUCGGGAAGGAGGAAAUUUCUGCUAUUCUCUCCAGUGUUCCAGUUGGUCACCACUAUCUGCAGAGAAUAAUCACUCUGAUCCAUCAGAAUCUGCUCCAGCAUCCCAGAUGAUCCACUGGAUGCAUGGGCAAGACUGAAGCAGUCGGAAUGGGUAGUCUUUGAGUUUAUUCUUGUGAGAAUUCCAGCUGUCUCUCACAGAAUGGGAAUGCUGUUACCCCCCCCCAGCUCUCGUAUUCCUGCCUAUUUAGUAUUCUUGUAGUUUACACCAAGUAUUCUACUUGGUGUAGACCACAAGAUUUACAAAAGCAGAGGUGUCUAAAGAGGAGAAGGAAGAAAUUCCUAUGUCCUUUGUAAAUCCAGGCUGCCUUUCGUCUUCUCUCAGUCACUCCAGGGGAUCGUGACCUCCUUGGAAUGUCAUUCCUAACAUGGACAUUCUUCUGCCAUAGCCUGUUAAUUUAGUUCUGGGGUGAUUUACAAAGCUCUUGGACAAAACAAUGAUGAGGAUUCUCUAAAUUAACUGGAUUGGAGUUUACUUUCACCGUAUAAUUUCAUUACCAUGUACUAAAUUGCAGAUCCCACCAGGUCUGCUCUUUAUCCAUCUCCUGGAGCCUCUCCCAGUCUGGACACUAUAUCCCUGCAUCUGAUUCAUUAACCAAUUAACCUGUAGCAAUUAACCAUGUGGCCAAAGUCAAAAAUAUUUUUGGAAUUAAGACUAAAAAUCCCUGUGCUUGACCACCGACUUUGGGAUGAAACAGCCCCAAAGCCGUUGGUGUGACUGAAGUUUGUUCUGAGAUUCAGUGUCAGUCCAGCAAAAUCUAGGGGUGCUGGUGCAUUGUCCCAGUUUGGAAUGCCUUGGAAUUUUAGUAAGGAGACAGAGCUCCUUAAAUUUAGGAGUAUCUGUAAGAUCUAGCUUGGUUUUGUGUAUAUUUUGUAUAUUAUGUGGGUUUUGCUGUUGGAUCUGGUCUCCCCCUGGCCGAGUUAUGGAGCGGAAGCACCAACCCUGGCCCAGCUCUCAGUUCUCCAGCUGCAAAUCUUCGUAUCCUGUAAAAUAUGUUGAAUUUAAGAAUGUUUCCCUGUGUUUUAGUUUUUAUAUAUUUUGUGUUUUUAUAAGUUUUCCUUCUGUUUGGAAGGUGGAAAUUCAUUAAACGUUGAA